GGACUUACAGUGUAUGUGUUAACCCUUAAACGGUCGAUGUCUCUCCUGAGAUACGGUCACAUGGUACUGGCAUGUAUGUAAAAACCCAUUAAAAUGUAGCGAAUUGGGCGGUGUAUAGUGUGAGAUACAUUCACUAGCAACGUUGUGUCGCCUAUGCCGGUUCAUUUUAUUUGCAGUUGUCCGCAUGGUAGGUGGUACUGUGUGUCAUUGUUAUGGAUAAUCAACAAGUUUUGACUCCGGUAAGCUCAAUAUAGUACAAAUUAGUUAUUUCAGCCUCUGGGUGUUCGUAAUUAAUAUAAUUAUGAAAGCUGAUGCUUCCUUUGCGUCUUCAUUGCUUUAGUUUUUCAUUGAAUAAAUUUUUGAGGUUAGUUUUUGUCUUACAAAUGUGUGUAUCCCUAGAUGCACAUUGCCCAUUAAAAAUAACGUAAGGCAUUUGAUACGCAAUUUAUGUUAGAAUACAUGGUAACUUCAGAACUAUUUCAGGGUAUCGCUCCCCGCAUAUUUUACGGAAAAGCAGCAAAGAUUCCACGUAUUGUUGUUGUGCUACCACCGGACGAUCCAUGUGUAUCAGACGUUGGCAAAUCAUCAGAUGAGGAGGAGCUGUUUGGCGGAGACUAUAGCGAUUUGGACCCCGAUUAUCAGCAGCCGCCCACAUCUAAGAAGCGCAAAUGCUUACCAGUAGUUGAUACUUCAAGCGACUGGGAAUCAGAAGAUGAUUUACCUUUAGCGAAUUUUGUGCAAACAUCGAGAGAUAAUUCUAUACUAGGUGGUGAUAAACGUUAACACUUGGAGCAAAACAGAUUUUCCAACACAUCAGAUAUCCAAAAGAUGUCUUUUUUGCUGGAGUAGACGGAGAAUAUUCCCCUCUGCUUAUUCGAAAAAAUUUUGACGAUGAUUUGUUUGAGCAUAUUGCCACACAAACGAAUAUUUACUCCGCACUGACAACUGGGCGUUCUAUUGAUACUACAGCUAAUGAAAUAAGGUCGUUUGUAGGAAUUGAGUUGAUAAUGGGGGUAGUCCAAAUGCCAACAUCGAAGACUACUGGGCCAUAGAAACGAGAUAUAGUAUUAUUGCCGAUGUUAUGCCUGUAAAGCGCUUCAAGAAAUUGCGAAGACGCAUACACUUUCAGGAUAACAAUACUGAUCCGCAAGGAGAUAGAUUAUUCAAAUUCGCCCCCUUAUAGAAAAACUGCGACAAAAAUGUAUAGCUAUCGAAGAGGAAGGUUUGUUUUCUAUAGAUGAAAUGAUGAUUGCUUACAAAGGCAAGAAAGCUGGAAGUCUGCGCCAAUAUAUGCCUAAAAAGCCAAGAAGUGGGGGUUCAAGAUGUUCGUUCGAGCAGGCGUGUCAGGGAUUGUGCAAGACUUUCUCAUCUAUACCGGCUCUAGUACUUUUGAAGAAAUUCUAUUUUCAAAGGAGGGAACAACAAAUGGGACUUGGUGCAAAAGUGGUACUUGUCCUGUGCAGAACUAUUCAGAAACCAGAAGAGUCUUUCGUCUAUUUGAUAACUUUCCUUUGUUCAUUGGAACUAAUUGACUACUUGAAGAAAAUAAAAAAAAUUGGCAAGUUUGGGAAACCAUUAGAAGCAACAGACUUAGAGGAUGUCCCUUGCUAAGUGACAAAGAACUUCUACGAAGGGGAGAGGUAGCUUUGAUUACAGAGUAGACAAUUCCGUGGGACUAGCGGUGAUAAAAUGGGCAGACACUAAAUGUGUGACUCUGGCGAGUUCGUACAUUUCGCACAGUCCAGUGUUUGAAGUUAGCCGAUUUAGUAAAGAACAAAAGAAAAAGGUAAACGUUCAGUGCCCUCAAUAGUCAAACAGUACAACAUUCAUAUGGGAGGCGUAGAUUUAUCUGAUAUGCUGGUUUCACUGUACAAGACUCCCUUCAAAUCAAAGCGAUGGUAUCUCGCUAUGUUUAGUCAGAUUAUUGAUAUAGCUGUCAAUAAUGCCUGGCUAUUGUAUCGGAGAGAUCUAGCCUCACCAGCGAAAAAUAUAAUAAGCUCAAAGACUUCAGAAUAAACAUCGCAAAGUCUUUGAUUCAAUCUCGUAACGUACCCAGAAAAAGAACUCUGCUGCAGCAAACUUGCUCCCUCAAAACAAAAUAAAGGUUCCCGUUGCUCCACGGCCUACUGAAGGUGUCCGGUUUGACAACGUUGGACACUUUCCAGUUUUCACUGAAAAUAACGCUGUAGGCUUUGCACAAAUGGACAAACAAGAAUUUUAUGUCAAAAAUGUAAUUUGCGCUUAUGCAUCGUAUCAGGAGCUAAUCAGAGAAACUGCUUCACAAGUUACCAUUCCAAGUAAUGUUCCUCCUAGAAGCAAUGUGCAUUCGAAGAUACAACUAAUACCAACAACACCAGAAAAAUGGAUAGAAGUGGCAAAACAAUACGAGAAAACCUGAAGUUUCCACAUUGUCUGGGUGCCUUAGAUGGAAAACAUGUUGUUUAGAAGCAUCAAUAAACACUGGAAGCGAGUUUUUUAAUUACAAAUCAACAUUCAGUGUAGUUCUUUUUGCUUUAGUGGAUGCUGUUUACAACUUUUUGUAUGUCAAUGCUGGAGGACAAGGAAGAAUUUCAGAUGGUGGUAUCUUUAAAAAUUGCUCUCUUUACGAAAAAUUAGUACAAAUAAUUUAAAUUUUCCCGAACCGGAAGCUUAGGAUGGCAUGCAACUGAAAAUUCACUACUUUUUUAUUGGAGACGAGGCAUUUGCUUUAACUGAUUCAUUAAUGAAACCGUUUUUGGGAAUACAUCCGAAAGGAUCACCAUGAAGAGUGUUUAAUCAUAGAUUAUCUCGCGCACGAAGAACUGUCGAAAAUGUAUUUGGCAUUACCUCAGCCGUUUUUAGGGUACUUCGUAAACCAAUAUUGCUUGAACCUAAGAAGGCCGAAUUAAUUAUAAUGGCAAUAGCUCAACUACAUAAUUUUUUAAAGAAAAGUUCCACAUCUGCUGCUCUGUAUACGCCACGUGAAACUUUCGAUACAGAAAAUGAAGGAACGCUUAUAGAAGGAACCUAUAAAACUAUAACCAAUGGAACAAUGUCCUCAUUGCUUCCAAUUAGAAAUGUUCCCAGAAAACCCACCGGAAGUGCAGCACUAAUUAGAGACGAAUUAGCAGCGUACUU